AUGCCGCGGUCUUUCCUCGUGAAGACGCAUCAGAGCAGCAAGAAACCUAACUAUGGAGGACUGAAGACUCAGACUGAGGGCCCCUCUUCGGAGGCAUACAGUGGAAGCCCGGUAGAAGCCUAUAAACCAGAAGAGUCCUGCACCAAAGUGAACUUAGAGAUCCAGUGUGUCACAGGAGACCACAGGAGGAGACCAAGCCUCCACCCUCAGUCCCUCCCUCUCCUGGCCCUCUUUCCAGCCAUCCUCCCGGGCGGCAGCAGCCAGGAGAGCUUUGAGUGUUUGGACUGUCAUAAAGAGUACUUGAGCUUCUCAGGCCGGACCAAACACAAGCAGCUCCAGUGUGAGUGGAGCAGUAAGAAGUACUUCAGCUGUAAGUACUGUGAGAAGGAGUACAUCAGCCUGGGAGCACUCAAGAUGCACAUCAGGACACACACACUGCCCUGUGUGUGUAAACUCUGUGGCAAGGCAUUCUCCAGACCCUGGCUACUGCAGGGACAUAUACGCACACACACAGGAGAGAAACCGUUCUCCUGCCUCCACUGCAGCCGAGCUUUUGCCGACCGAUCCAACCUGCGAGCUCACCUCCAAACCCACUCUGAGGUGAAGAAGUACCAGUGUGCGAGCUGCUUCAAGACCUUCUCCAGGAUCUCGCUGUUAGCCAAGCACCAAGAGGCCGGCUGCCCUGUGUCCUGA